GCGCGUUCGUUUAGUCAGGGCAACGGUUGCUAAAAAAAAGCUCGAGGAUCGUGCAGGAUCAGGACGAAAUCAAGCUGGAGCAAAUGGAACCUUUGUAGAAUCGCUAGGGAUCAACAGUGUCAGUUGAAAAUAUGCCCAACGUGGACGAGCAGCGGGGAAAAGUAGCCACAAAGAGAGCGGAAUCGGAGGAAAAGGGUGACCGCCAGGAGGGGGACGGGGAACCGAAAGAGGAGUCGGAGGAGGCCACCGGGAAGAUCAAGGGCCGUUCCCGAUUCUCUGCGGCUCUGCGAAGCCUCUCGAAGACCAAAACCAAAAGGGAAAGGGAGCUGGAUAAAAGCACCGACAGGGAAACCCGCAGCGCGGAGGAAGAGGCUCAGGAGACCCCAGGCGAGCUUGAAAACGUGGCCAGCUCCAUCUCCACGGACAGUGGAGCCCUCGCCAAGACCAAGAAAAAGAGCCUUACGCGCCGCCUGCUUCUUGGAGGCCUCAGAAAAAGUGGGAAGACGCCGAAAGGGCGGCCCCACAGCUUGGCGACCAGCGACGACAUCAGCGUGGAACACCUGGAAACCACACCACUGCCAUCGCCACCCGGUUCGCCCACCUCCGCCGGCAGCAGCACGCUGCAGAUCACCAUCAGUGGCAAGAAGGUGGAACCAGCGCACGCCAAGAAGAGCGGGAAGAGCAGACCCAAAAGCGACACGGAUUACCUGACACCCGCCGCAGAGGAAAGGAAACCGAGAAAGAAAACCACCACGACCACCGUGACCACGAGAGAUACGAGCAGCAGCACCCGCACCACCAAGCUGCUGGUGGCGAAGAAGAAGCCCCAGAGCUCCGAGAGAGAGUCCCCAUCGGCGUCGCCGUCGCCGCUUAUCACCACCACCGAGAGCACACGCGAUACGCCGCCCAGAGAACGGGCGCCAGCGAAACCAAGUCGCGUUCAGUCAGCCAGCGGCACCGGAGCUGUUCGCAAGUCCCAAUCCUCGAGCGCAUCCAGCAGGAAGCUGGAAUUGAUGCAGCAGCAGCAGCAGCGCGGCCACCGCCUCAACGCCAGACCACUGGCUGAACCAGCGAACACGGAACCCCAGCCAUCAGGGCAGCAAUCCCUGGACCCAUCCACAUCCCCUCCGGCGGCUGAGGACGGUGUCUCCUCGGCGGAAAGUGCCCAGACUAUUGCCAAUCCCCCGCCCGUUGUCCGCUUUGAGGUGGGCAGUGCAGUCAGAAGUCCCUUGAGUGCCUACGAAGCCGCAUUGGCCGCCGCCGCCAGUCAACAGCCCAACUCCAACGAAGAGCUCAGCGACUCGAGCAUCCGGCGACUCAGCUUUGCUCAGCAGCAGCUCAUCCUCGGCGACCACGAUAGCAUCGAGGGCAGGCGGGAAACACUGCACUAUCAGUCGGUGGCUAGUGAAUACUCCAACCAGGACUCCGGAUCCGAGGACGAGAGCGAGGAGCAGGCGGAUACUACAGAGCCACAGAACGCCAAGCCCAUGCCGGCCUUCGGUGACCUGACCAUGGAUCAGGAAAUGGAACCGGCCAUCAUGACAUCCACCAGCGAUAAGCGCGAGCAUCUGUACAAGAUUCUAGUCAUCGGUGAACUGGGCACCGGCAAGACGUCCUUCAUCAAGCGCUAUGUGCACCAGUUCUUCAGCCAGAACUACAGGGCCACCAUCGGCGUGGACUUCGCCCUGAAGGUGCUGCAGUGGGACGCCAACACGAUAGUGCGCCUCCAGCUGUGGGAUAUCGCCGGUCAGGAGCGGUUUGGCAACAUGACCCGAGUCUACUACAAGGAGGCGGUGGGCGCGUUCAUCGUAUUCGAUGUGACUCGCAGUGGGACUUUCGAUUGCGUGAGCAAGUGGAAGGAAGAUCUGGACUCCAAGGUGCAGCUGCCUGACGGCAGUCCCAUUCCGUGCAUCCUGCUGGCCAAUAAAUGCGACCAGGAAAAGCAGGGCAUCAUAACGCAGCCCGAGAAGAUGGAUGAGUAUGUGAGGGAGAACGGAUUUGCCGGGUGGUUUGAGACAUCCGCCAAGGAGAAUAUCAACAUCGACGAGGCAGCUCGUGCCCUCGUGAAUAAGAUACUCAUCAACGAUAAGCUGAUAUCUGCCGAUCUGGCCGAUGGCGACAAGUUCAACCUGAGCACGGCCGAUGCAACCGGAUCGGAUGCCAAGAACAAGUGUUCCUGCUGACCUGGGACCGAGGUCCGGCGACUCCAAUUCCCAUUCCCAGUCUAAGAGCGAGUUUCAAGACAGAAACGCCAUGUGCCUACGUCCACUCCAUGUUCAUGUUGUUAGAAGAUAGCGAUAACUAUGCUUAGGGUUUUAACGUAACAUUUGUCUAAGACUUAGUCUCAUCUGUAUCUCCAUCACCGAGAAUCCCAUCAUCCCGUCCGUCUUUAUCUUUAACACCACUUCCCGCCAAUCGCGAUAAAGCUCGUCUGUGGGUCCACAAUGUUGCGCCGGGAUCGGGAUCCGUGUCACUUCGAGAAUUUAUAUGGUGACACAUAACUUACCUACGCAUACGAACCAUUAUUACUAUCACCAUCAUUGCCCUAGUUGCGAGGAUUAGCCGGAGGUAGUGCAGCAUCCGUAUCAUAGUAUACUACAUUUGUGUAAAAUACGAAUCGUCUUAUUGUUUUGUUUGUUUUAUUUGCCUCCGCUGGCGAGAUUGUUUUAUCUUGGAAUUAUUAUUCUCGUAUGCAAACACACUCUGCCAUCUUUAUUUGCAUUUAGAUAACAAUACGUACGCUUAAUGCAAUACGAAAUCAGAAAUAAAGUUUUUAUUGGUAGUUAAGUUCA